UGCUACUGCGUGCAUGUUCUGUGUGGUGGCGGUAUUGCGUCUCGCUACAGUGUUAUGUCGUAGCUUUCGCGGGAAGAUUUUUGAGUGAUUCGCAAAUAUGACGCAUUCAGUGCCGGAUAGGUGGUUAGAGUACAAAGCUUAUGGUGACGUAAUCAAAGGCACUAAAAUCUUGGCAUUCAAAGUUCCAUUGAAAGACGCAAUAGCGAAGAACCUGCAGCCUGAGCAACGAUUUACAACGGCAGUAUUGCUGCAAACGUUUCCUCAUCUCAAGUAUAUCGUCGACCUGACAAACACGUGCCGCUACUAUGACAAAAAGGAAUUUACAAAUGCUGGUGUUAAAUAUGAAAAGAUUGCCAUACCAGGGAGGAAAGUGCCGCCUAUGGAUAUAAUCAAAAAAUUCUUUAAAGUGAUGGAUGAUUUCACGUCGACAUGCGGUGAAGGUGAACUUAUAGGAGUUCAUUGCACCCACGGCGUGAAUCGCACAGGUUAUCUAAUUUGUAGAUAUCUUAUUCAACAACUAGGUUGGGAAAUUCAAGAUUCUUUAAAGGCUUUCGGCGAAGCGCGCGGUUAUCCUGUUGAAAGAGAUAUAUACAUCACCGCAUUGAAAGAAGUUCAACGUGGCGAGAAGAUUGACACUAGCAAGAUCGUUUUAACAUCAAACCCCAUUAGCGCCGCGACAGUAAAGAAGAACAUGCCGAAAUCACGGUCAGCGAUGAAGAAUCGAUUAGGCCGACCGAGUCCGAUGGGACCGCCGGGAUCCGCGAUGCAGCGUCGGAGUUUCGCGAAUGGCAGACCAUUUCCGUCUCAGAGAUUCGGGGGUCCACCGCCGGGAUUCGGGCCGAUGCCUCCACCUGGUAUGCCGCCUAUCCCGCCUAUAGGUCCACCUCGCUAUGGACUCAGGCCGUUUAGGUACGGACCGCCGCCGAUGCGCCCAGCGAUGCCACCGACGCCAGGACCCGGGCCAGGUUUCCCACCGCAUCCAGGUUUCCCGCCGCGUAUGCCAGGGCCGCCGAGGAUGACGGGUCCGCCGAGGCUGUCGGCCGGACCAACUGCGCGUUUACCGCCUCCGAAAAUGCCACCACCGCCGCCUCCACCACCGCUUCCAUCGUCUCGAACAAGCAAGCAGCUCCAGAUACAGAAGAAGAAGCAGAUUAGAAAUGGCAUUGUGGAACGCACGCUGAAUAUUCGCUUGAGACGGAACGGUCCGACUGGCAGAAUUAUGCCUAAAAUGCAUAAGGAACAGGACUUCACCGUGGACACGUUCGAGGAGAAUCUACUUGCGACCUCGAUCACGCAACCGCGACGGGCAGGCAAGGGACGCUUUAAUCAAACCAAGUGAUGAAGUAUUCGCUAGGGAUGCGAAGUUACUUAAACAUAUGAUUCUCCAUGUAACACGUCACGAUUAACACUGAGGUGCUUAGUGUCUAAAAAUUCCCGCGCGCAUAUCCGUUAUUGUUGUGUGACGAAUGACGAUAACAAUAAUGAAAACAAUUCAUAAGAGUUUGAUCAGAAUCUGGACAACGAAGUGCGAACGGAUUCGAAUUAUAUGACGUGUGAAUUUAUGACAUGUAUAUUACACGUCACUUGAAUAUCAAUAACACACACCUCUCGCAAAUAUUUUUAUUUGAUUGAAUAUUUUAUAUUGAUAACUAUUAUAGUUAUUAUUAGGAUAUGUUGAUAAAUAAAACAUAUUCUUGCUGGAAAUCUCAUGAUAUGAUUUAUGAAUGAUUU